GCCUUGAGCUAGCCGAGCCUGAGCCGGGACCAAACACGCCGCCUGCGACCCACACAAAGCCCGGGGGGUCCACGCUGGCGCUGGAGGCGAGCCGGGAGCGAGCCCGGGGCGCGGCGGGACUUGGGGCGCCGGGCUGCUGCGGGACCCGGGGCUGCUAGCGGGACGCGCGACCGGGCGUGGGUUGCGAUCGUCACCCCCACGGCGGGGCCCGGGACAUCUUGGGCCCUUUGGGGCCGCAGCGAGCGGUGUGGGACCAAGAUGAGCAGAGUACCCUGAGCCCGGUAACUUCGGCCCCUCCCCGCCCCCACCCGGCUGCCCUCGGCGCGUCCCUCUCCAUGUGCAGACGGCCGGCCAGGCGCUCCGGCUGGCGGCGGAUGGGUGACCUCUUCCUGGCCCUGGCGGGCUGUGCGAGGCGGCGGAGCCGGCGAUGAAGAAGAAGCAGCAGCAGCAUCUCAGCGGCGGCGGGGAUCCCUGGCCCCAUGGGGCCCCUGUGGGGGGCGCCCUUCCGUGCCUGGGUAGCUGCAAGCGCCGGAUCCCGCUGCUGCCUUUCCUGCGCUUCUCCCUCCGGGACUACGGUUUCUGCAUGGCUACCCUGUUGGUCUUCUGCCUGGGCUCCCUCUUCUACCAGCUCAGCGGGGGACCCCCUCGCUUCCUGCUCGACCUGCGGCAGUAUUUGGGAAAUUCCACUUAUUUGGAUGACCAUGGACCGCCUCCUAGUAAGGUCCUUCCCUUCCCCAGCCAGGUGGUGUACAACAGAGUCGGCAAGUGUGGCAGUCGCACCGUGGUCUUGCUUCUGAGAAUCUUGUCAGAGAGACACGGCUUCAAUUUGGUCACGUCAGACAUUCACAACAAAACCAGGCUUACUAAAAAUGAACAGAUGGAACUGAUUAAGAAUAUAAGUACCGCCGAACAGCCCUAUUUAUUCACGAGACACGUCCACUUCCUCAACUUCUCCAGGUUUGGAGGAGACCAGCCUGUCUACAUCAACAUCAUCAGAGACCCCGUCAGUAGGUUUCUAUCUAACUAUUUUUUCCGUCGCUUUGGAGAUUGGAGAGGGGAACAGAAUCACAUGAUCCGCACCCCCAGCAUGAGGCAGGAGGAGCGCUACCUGGACAUCAAUGAGUGCAUUCUGGAAAACUACCCUGAGUGUUCCAACCCCAGGUUGUUUUACAUCAUUCCAUAUUUCUGUGGACAGCACCCCAGAUGUAGGGAGCCUGGUGAAUGGGCACUGGAGCGGGCCAAGCUGAACGUGAACGAAAACUUCCUGCUCGUGGGGAUUCUGGAGGAGCUGGAAGAUGUGCUGCUUUUACUGGAAAGAUUUUUACCUCAUUACUUCAAGGGUGUGCUCAGUAUCUACAAGGACCCAGAACAUAGAAAACUUGGCAACAUGACUGUGACCGUGAAGAAGACUGUCCCCUCCCCCGAGGCGGUGCAGAUUCUCUACCAGCGAAUGAGAUAUGAGUACGAGUUCUACCACUACGUCAAAGAACAGUUCCAUCUGCUCAAGCGCAAGCUCGGACUGAAGUCUCGCGUGAGCAGACCUGCCCUGAGACCACAGUUCUUCAUUCCCACGCCUCUGGAGACGGAGGAGCCAAUAGACGAUGAGGAGCAGGACGACGAGAAAUGGCUGGAAGAUAUUUAUAAGAGGUGAUGCCUGCGCCAGAAUGCCUCUGUGGCUUCAUCCCCCUCUUUACAGUGUUCUUUGGGGAAGAAAAAUUCUGAAGGGACUUUCAUUAAUGCCCGGGUGCAUUAAAAAGAACAAAACAUUCCCACAGGUUGGGGUCAUUGGGAGAUGCCCGGUUUUGCGGGUUUUAUUUGUUUAAUUUUAUUCUGUGUGUUUUUCUUUCUUCCCUCCUUGAAGCUUUUCCACAUACUCUAGAUGGCGCUACUACAAGGUAUCUCUUCAGAAAAUAGCCUUCCCUGGUCCCCUAUUCACCCCUUUUAGUGAGAGAAGAAAGAAAUACAUUCUCCAACCUAGUCAUUUUAUCAUUUGUAAAAUGGCUCCAAAAAUAUUCCAUCCAUUGUAAAGAUAUUCAGACUUGUAUGUUAUAGAAACAACUAUUUCAGAGAAGAAGGGAUCUAGGAGUGGAAGGAAGACAAGAGGGAGGAUCCACUGGUUUGGGGGUUUCUGCCUCCCACCCCCACUGACCCCCUGUCAGUAGAAUGCUGCCUCUGCCUAUCUCACGGGAACACUGUCACCAAGAACACAGUACUUAACUCUGAGAGAGCAAGUCAGUGUUUAGUGCCCACCUUCUCAACAAAUCAGAGCUUGGGAAGCCUGUCGAGAUCAAAGUGUAUGCACGGUAAGGCCCAGCUCCAUUUUAGGUGUCAGCUCGGUAUGUCAAGUGUUGGCAGGCAGAUCAAAUCUGAGGGCCUCAAGGCAUCAGGAAACCUCUCAGCCUCCUGGACUGUUGCACGUGCAAGUGCCAGAAACCAAUUGACCAUUGACCUUGAUAUGUACGACAGGAAUCCUAAGCUUGGUUGCACACCAUCCCAAAAGCACACUCAUAGCCAAAUUGGGCUUUACAGAACUUGGUAUCUUUCAUUCCUUCUAGUCCUGCAGGAGCUGUUGUGUUUACUAUCUAAGGGUUCUGAGUCCUGCCCUAGCAAUAGUAGAACCACGUUCUUAUAGAACCUGUUUGCACCCAUAACCCUUUCCAGGGACACCAGUGCCAGAGACCUUGAUGCCACAAAUAGUGUCAGGCAGGACACUGCUUGGCUAGCUUUUGAAUAGGUUGGUGCCCCAACGUGAUCUGAGUAAACACUGGGCAAUUCUUUUGCACCAAAAUAUCCCAUGCACUUCUUCACUCCUGACAACUCCCUACUACCCAUGAUGCUCUGCUUCUUUAAUUACGGAAUUGUGUCUUAUUAAGUCAUGAAAAAAUUUUAAAAUUUCAUAUUCCCACCGGUUGAUAUAAUGCAACUAGAGAAGCCAGACUGCAAUGGUGGCAGCAGGAAGGACGUUGGCGACGGCUUGUGUUUGCCUCAGGUUUACCCCCAGAGCCUGCCACUAAAGAACGCUAGCCUAGUAAGUUAGAAGUACUUAAGAUAAACAAGACUGGCUCCACACAUGCGGCACACGACACAUUUUGUACUUUGCAGAAAGUCAAGUCUCUAGAAUUUUUUUUUUUUCUUGCUUCCUUCACUAAAACUGGACACUGGCCAAGGUCUAAAGCCAGUCAUUUGAAAAACUGUCCGGUAUGUGCUGAAGCUCCUUCAUCAUGAAAUGCAUUAAGCCGGGUCCCCGCUCAAAGGCAUCCAGGGAAGGCAGGGACCGUAGAGGUAGAAGCACUGGCUACGCAUGGGCCUCUUUUCUGCUUCAGGGAACUGGGUCAGGAAGUGAAUGAGGGAGCCAUUCACAGAGGUGGAAAUAUCCUUUGUCCUGUUCAGAGAGAGCUGGGCCUUUCCAUUAUUCAGACUUUGAAGAGCAAUGUGGGAAUGCCUCCUCCUGUUUUCCAAACAAAUACAAGGGACUGCAGUGUGGGGCUUUGUAAGUCGUCUCCAUGCCAUUACAUACACACAGUGAUGGUUAGCUCACCCACCAAGGUCCCAGAGUUCAAGAUAAAGCUGCAUUAGCUGGGCCUUCUCGGCUGUUGUCCAAACACGGGGACAACUGGUCACUCACAAAGGUCCCCUACUUUCUAGAAGUGUGCACAGCGCUUUCUGUGUGUUUGAAGGCAUUUAUUCUCACCCGUGGCCACUGUCACAGCCCAGGAGAGGGGCUUGGCUGGCUAGCUGCAGACCCCUCCUGGUAUCUUGUCCUAGCACACAGCCCCUACACCCUGAAAGUCAAGGUACUUCAUCAGCUCGCUUGGGCUCUGGCCCAACAGAGUUUGUACUUCAUGAAAUAUAUUGUACAUUUUACAUAGUUUAAUUUAAAAAGAAAAUACACUUUAAGCUACUUGGUCCUUGUCUUAUUUAUUAUAACCUGUCAGCACAUUCCAAGGUUUUAGUUACUCAGGAAGGAGUUAAUUAAAAUGAUUUUAUUUUGGUCAGAUGGGUGGUUUUUGUUUUUGUUUUUUUUAAAGAAAAAUUAUUCUUAUGAAGCCUCGGCUGACUCCCCUUGAAUGCUGUAAAAGUGCUUGUGAGUCUUUUUAUUUUUAAGUAUUAAAAAAAUGGUGUUUGACAUUGAUGGACGUUCAGAAAUAUAUAUGGAACUAAAGCGUUAGCUCGGCUGAAAUAAAAACGAUCUGUGUCUGAGG